AUGGGGGAAGGCACCGAGGCGAGAGGGGUUGACGGCGUCAGGACCGGGAGGGUUCACGCCGAGGCACUCGCGGGACACGGCAUCGGCGAGCGGUACCCUGUGCGAUCGCUGGAUACGGCAAGUGAUGGUGUGGCCAACACGGAGCUCAGGCUAACGUUCGAUGUGUUCCGGCGGUACUCGGAAGCCCUCUCGCGGGCCUUUCGUCCCUCCGACUCCCACCCUUCCUGGGAGGACCUGCGCAUCCGACUGGGUCUCCACCCGUUGGAGUCGUUGAUCAUGGGGGAAGAGUUCGUCGCGGAGGUCCCCCGUUCUUCCUCUUCGCAGCUGGACCUGAUGGCCCUCGCCGGGUGGUCCGGAAACCUCUUUCUCACGGACCGCCACCUGCUUCUGCACUUUCCCAAGCGGCAGCAGGCUCGAGUUGUGCCCCUCGGGAGCGUUCAGGAUGUUCGGGGGUCCAGCAGCCGCGCUGUGGCCAAGGAGGCCUCAGCCGCCGCCGCCGCCGCCGCAGCCACCGCCGCCGCCGCGGCAGCGGCGGCAGCGGCGGCGGAGGCAGCUUCCGCACCGCCAACACCAGGAGCACCAUCCUCCACCGCGCCGACCAGCAGCACCUCGACUUCCAGACCGAACGGCGCCCAUCCCAACGGCUCCGGCGAAUGGCCGCCAACGCUGCCGUCAGCGGCGGCCGGAGGAUGCAACGGUGGCGGCGGUGGUGGCGGAAAGGUGGAGCGGGGACCGAGCGGCCACCGUACCCCAACUGGUGGCGGCAGCGGCGGGUUUGGGGUUGGGGUUGGUUUCGGAGGUAAUGGCAGCGGCGGGUUCGGCGGCGGCGGCGGUGCGAGGGGGCACGGCGGAGGGGUGGAGGAGGCGGCGGCGGCGGCGGCGGCGGCGGCGACGGUGGAAGACGGAGCGGAGGUUCGCAAGGGCGAACGGAAGGCGUACCGGCUGGUACUGACAAAGGUGAAGAUGCAGAGGUUAGUGUCCAAGCCAGAGGAGUGCGGCGGAACUCGGCAGGAGUGGCUCGACUGCCUACGGGAGAUGGUGGAGGUGAAGUUUAAGUAA